AUGGAUUAUCGGCGACUCCAACACUCCUACCCGCCCCGGCCUUCGCCUCUGGGCAGCUCAGAACCUCGCGUCGAUCGGCCGUUCGUUGCGCCUGAGUCUCGCGGUCGAACCGAUUCCGAAAAGCCUCGAGCGUACCCUUCUACAAAUUCGACCCCCUCUCCGUCGCAGAUUUAUCAGUCAACCGCUACACGGGGAUCUCUCGCGGCUCUUCGUGGAGAUACCCUCGGAGCAUAUAUUCCCUCGAGACAAAGUCAGGCACAUCGUCGACACGGGAGUCUGGAAUCCCGGAAUCAUGCCCAGACACAUCGCAGGAAUAAUUCGCAGCCGCAAGCUAUCCGAUAUCGUGAAGUUGGGCUUUUGGAUGCUUCCGUGAUGAACCAUACGCCUCACGAAACGGCGCGUCGUACCUCUCAGGGCAGCAGUGGCAGUCCUGGACUUACUGGUCAUCCCGAACAGUCGGCCCCUCCUUCUUUUGGUAUUCGUCAAAUGCCUCCUCCCUCCCCUCCCCACACUUAUUCCUCGCGAACCCAAUCUGCCCAAUCCAACCACACGCCCGGAGGACCCCUGAUGUCGCGCGAGACUCCCAGUAGUCAGGCGCACCGCCCUGGUAGUAGCAUGUCGAUUUCCGCCAUGCUUGGCUCCGAGCCGGAGCGGUCUGCGCGAGAGCCCGUGCGUGAACCAGGGCCAUUCUUCUCACGACCGUCGCCAGCAUCGAUUUUCGGCAAUGCGCCCCCCUCAUCUUCGUCCGCCGCGAUGUCCCCACCCACCGCCCCGGUAAGACCGUCAUCACUGGAGAAUUCUUUGUUCCGACGUUCGCAAACACCAGAAAAAUCAUUCUCAAGGCCUCAAGUUACCCGCGCGUAUCGAUCUGGGUCUGGUGGUGGUUCCAGUCUGUCAGGCACAGAGCAGUCGGUGUUUGGGGGUUUGACGCGCUCCUCGCUGUCCCAAUAUCCUGAAAAGCCGCACUCCACACAUCCUUCGCCUAGAAUGUCCACUGCAGACACGCCUUACACAGAACCUCGUCGCAUGAGUCUAAAUGGACCGAUCCCCCGGCCCAGCAGCCAACCCCCUCAGGCAGACGCAUCCACACGUCCCCCAGGAUACAGUCCAAUCUCCCAGCCCGGUGGUGUCACUGCAGAACGUGCGUUUGAGUCUGGCCCACGGUCUGCGUCUGGCUCGUACGGAGCUGCCGAUCCACAACAACACGGUCGGUUUGGAAACAUAUUUGGUGAACGCCGCUCGGAGGAAACUGCACAGCGCGAUCGCGAGCGAACUUCAGCCCACGCGCCAGAAGUCAAGCCAUCCCAGCCUGGAUCGUUCCGAUAUGGUUCGCACUACGGUGAGCGUGAACCGCUUGACCGCCACCAGGGCGGGUCAGCUUGGGACCACGGUCGCUCACACCCCCCUUCCCCGGAGAAUAAGCGUUAUCAUGCCCCGGACCACAGCCCGGCUUUCGGGUUUGGUGCCAUACAGAGCUACACCAAAUCCCUAGGAUCUCAAUCUGGCGGGAACAGACCCCCUGGCUCGCUACAUUCUCGAAACAAUCAACCCACUCCCCCACCUCACGAUCCAUAUAGUAGGCAACAGACUCAGUUGCCACGGCUCGGUACCACGCCUACUUUAACCGCUUCCACCGUUGCUGCAUCUACGAGUCUAGCUGCCCUAGCUGAUGAGGGACGCCGCAAGGGCAGCGAGGAGCUCCUUCACCAUCGCAACCUACUGGCUGUAGGCGCUGAUGGGAAACGAGGAGGUCGCGCAUCUCCCCUUCCACAAGCUGUUCAAGGUGCCCAGGCUCCAUUCAUCGGCCCCGCCGGCGAGACAGCGAUCAAGAAUGAACUUGGUCGCGUCUUUUCGGGCAUUGGGAGUGGCGUGGGUGGCGUAGGUGCCACUACCGGUGGCAGCGGGCAAUCUACACCUCUGGGAUCUAGUCCUUUCAAACGCGAUAGUCUGACCGGCCGCUCGAUCAAUGGUGACCCGAUGGAUGAAGCGGCACGAAUCGCUCGACCUUCGUCUGCGUCAGGUCGACGAUCAAGGAAGUCACGAGAUGAGGAGCAGAUGGAGAUUGAGGCCAACGAUCCUCGAGGCGUGUUGUCGGCACGUAAUGCACGUCGCUCUCGCCAUGCCCACCACCACCAUCACCAUCACCACCACCACCGCCACAAGGCAGACGAAGAAGCUCUCACGCUAAGCUCCCUUCAUCGUCCUACCAACUUCCAUCGAACUUCGCCGGCCGAUCCUGCUGCCGGGCAUCAUCACCAUCACCACCAUCACCACCACCACGCCCCUCGACCAGCCACCAUCCCGGCUGCAUCACCCAUCCGCGAGCCUCGCACGACAGUUAUCAUCGAGCCAAUCCUGUCCAGUGUCUCGCAUUUACCUCGUCAUCACCUUGGCUCCACUCUCUACACCCCCCGGGUGGGAGCCCCUACAGCUAAAUCCUCUCCAGAUAGUUCCAAGUUUGGAUACACAACAACCCCUCAGCCUCUGCCCCGUUUUGAGCAGAGAGCGAACUGCACCUUCACAGUUCGAGUUCCCCGGUGGCGCAUAAAUCAAUCUCAUCGCGAGGAGAUUUGCGCGCGGCGCGCCAUCUGGGGCACGGGCGUCUAUACUGACGAUUCGGACCCCGUCGCCGCCGCCAUCCACUCUGGCUUUAUCCGCGGCGCCUGGGGCGAAGAUGUCGAUGAGUCGAUGCUUGAUCUUGAGAUCAAGGAUACUUAUCAGCACGCGCCGCCCGCGCCCGAGGCCGAGGGCGAGAAGCCCGAGACUGGAGCCAAGGCUCCGCGUAUUCCCCCGGUACCUCCGGCGGAUAAGGAUUUGCAUAUCACUUUGCUUGUUCUACCUCGCGUGAACCAGUAUGACUCGACUCUCCUAUUUGGUCUCAAAUCACGCAAAUGGGACGGUCGCCACGACGGCAUGAGCUUCAAAGUUCAUGCUGUGGACUGGGUCGACGAGGGUGUUGGCCGUGGCGAGGAACGCGGCGGCGAAGCUCGUCGCAAGCGUCUUCGUACCCUGAUGCAAACCGGUCGCAUUUGUACCGGGCCUGCUUUGGCGAAGAUGGACGAGCUUCGCCGCACUGGGGUGCAGAUUCCUCGUCCGAUUAAAGGCCAGGACCAGGCGGCUGCCGUGCAGCUCGUCUCUUAA